AUGAAAGUACAAGGGAAACCUAUUUCCAUUUGUCUUUAUUUUCUUUUUCCUUCUCUUGCUAUUCUUGCUUAUUUUUCUUUUCUUCCUCUUCUUUUUUAUUUUUCUCUUUUUAUUACUCUUUCUUUUUCUCCAUCAGAUGCCUCACUUUCUACUGAGCAGACAGCUUUGCUUUUUUUUCUCCAUAAUUUUUCAUGCUUUAUUUUUCAUAAUUCCUUUUCUCUUCCUCUUUCUGUCUCUUCUUUUAUGAUUCUUGAUUUUCCUUUUCUUUCCUCAUCUCUUUCAUUCUCUCUUUCUUCAGCUUUCCCUCAUCAUUUGCCUUCUUCUUUACCACUUCCUUCUUUCUCUUCCUCUUUUAUUCACAAUUGUUUCCAGCUCUUCUUCCUCCUUUGGUUUUUUACUACCUUUUUUUUUUCUUCAUCCAACUACACCUUUACUCUCUUCUACACUAUCCUUUCCCUUCUUUUUUUUUUCUGUUUUCCCUCCAUUACUUUCCUUGCUCUUUUGCCCAAAUCCAUCUUCCUCAGUUUUUUUUCCUACUCAGAAUUCCUUUCUUUUUCUCACUUCCUUUUCUUUAUUUUCUCUUUUCCUCUUUCUACUUACACUUUCUUUUUUUUUUUUCCCUCCUCCCACUUUCUCUGGACUUUCUCCUUUUCUCGUUCCUUUCCCUAUCCUCUCCCAUCACAACCUUAUCUUCCUCCUUCCUGUGUUCUUACGGCUUGGAAUUUGCACUUGAGAAACUCAACUUCUACACAUACCGAUUUGCCGUGGCAGUAA